AUGGCGGAGCCCGAUCCUCACUCACAACGGAGGUCCUCAUCCCAGGCAUCUUCAGCUUCCAACCGCAGUGCAAAGGCUAGGACAUUACGAUCAAAGGCCCAGAAGCGCCAUUCCGGUUCAAACACACGCACCGAUUUGACUUCGUUCCCUUCUCUGCCCCCGAGUUCGCCGCCCGACAACACCCCCACCUUGACACGAGGCCUGACAACUACCUUGCUGACGGGAGACAUUGGAGAUGGUUCCAAUGAGACCGGUCGCGGACGCAAGGCUACCCUGGCCCGCCUAACGACUGGGGUAUCCCAUGCCUCCGGCCGCGCCGCUCUCUUCGAUGAUUCGCUUCCGGCUCGUGAUAUUCCAGGCGCUCUGCACCUCGCGGACGAUGCGCAUAUCGAACGUAUGAUAUCUACCACCGGUCCUGUCAAGAUAGUUAGGCAGUUUGCCCGUGAUUUGGCCCAGCGGGAUGCUGAGAUUUCCGCAUUGCGGCAACGGGCCGAUGCGCGGGAGCGGGAACUGAAGAAAAUGCUUCGAGAAGUGUCGGUGUCGAAUCAAGAUAUUGAACGCCGGUUGUAUCAAAUGGAGAACAACCCAGAGGACCGCGGUUCGGAUGGAGACAGCACCCACAGUCUUGGUCAGGCUUCGCAGAGCUCCGGUCUGGACGGUCUCAUGUCUCAGGCCAUGACGGACGCUGUUGGAUCGAACGAUGGUGAUGCUUCUGAGCACAACUCUGAUCUUCAGGCGACUAUUCGGCCUCAGCGAGCCGAUGAACUGCGUGAUGCUGAAGGCAACCGCAAACGCCAAGGCUCCAUGCGUGGCUGGCAGGAGUAUAUCUUUGGAUCAACGAAUCCCAGUCGCAAGACUAGCCGUGCCAGCAGUAUCAUGAGUGACAUGCAAGAAGUCGAAGAAGAUGAUACUCAGCGUACUCGAGUCCCGAGCAAUCCUUCUGUCCGGCGUAAGGCUCUCGAUGAGCAGCUCUUUCAUCCUCCUAAUGGAAAGCCUGGCUCUAUCGCAAGUGAUACACUAGGAAGACGUAUUGCAAGUGGUUCUACCAAUGGGGACGACGUCAGUGUUCAUUCGCGCAAGUCAUCCCGCUCCCUUGGCUCCUGGACUGUCAAGCUAUUUGCAGGGAAUGCCCAAGGACCAAAGGAUUCUAGUGAUUCGGAGAGCAGUCGCAAGAUCUCCAGCAAUCAGGACAAAAACACAGACUCCAAAAACUCGAUGAGCGCAAUGGCAGCAUUGAAGCGAAUCAACAGCAACACCAACAUGCCCGCCUCUGGAGGACGUCCCGGUAGCAAUACAGGCACGGUCAGAAUCAAUCCGGCUGCACGAAGAACGCCUGUAUCCAAUAUUUCGCAAGGUGCAGCAGCAGCGGAAAAUUCGGACCGGAGCUCGAAUAAUUUAGGCCCUGUCGAGAUGGAUGCUAUCUUGCCUAUGGAGUCUCGUCCACCGACCCUUUCUCCUAUCUACAACAAUUCCCAGUCUGGGGAAUUUCUGACGGAUCGAUUUGGGUUCAUUUAUGAUCAACGUCGGAAAAAGCGCCAGAGGGAAGCAAAUGCUAGCAAGACUAGCAAACACCGAUUGAGCAUCACAGAAACCCUUGGCAACCUGCGCAGUGACUCCGAUGCCGAGGAUGAAAACCAAGCCCUUCCCUCAACCACCCCAGAAGCUCUCAACUCUCCUCCAGACUCUCCUGUGGAUCCCGAGAAUGGGACUGCUGGACUUCGCCGCUGGCAAGACUAUCUCAAACUGCCAUCUCGCCCGACGGAGCUUUUAUCCCACACGCCCUCCACUGCUCCUAUAGUCUCUUUGACUACGGCGGAGCCCACUCGCUCUCAUAGCUCGUCCGUAUCGGUCGACAAAGAUGGAACUCUAUCGCUCAAUUCAGGCCAGCCAUCCGCCAGUACGUCGGCAAUCACGGCAGAUCGCCCGGAGUUCGCAGGAAUAUCGUCGGAGGAGCAACCUGCUGUUCGAAUCAAUGCCUCUGAGACCGAACCGGUCAAGCUUUUACUUGAACAGCUCACCGAUCUUCAUGAUACGUUGCAGCGUGAUCGCACAGUAAGGUGGAAUGAAUUCCUUCGCAAAGUAAGAGCGGAGCGCCGCAAAGAAGGAGAGGCUGCAGCCGCCGCUGCCGCGUCUUCUGACAAGUCCGUUCCUGCUGUGGAUACACCAGAAGCAACUCUUGCUGACGGCGAGGUCAUUGGGGUUUCCGGACUUGGUAACAAAGGAAAGGUGGGCCGCGCCAAGUGGCGAGAAUUCCGAACACUUGUCCUUGGCGGCAUCCCAGUUGCUCUUCGGGCCAAGGUGUGGUCUGAAUGCAGUGGUGCCUCUGGGAUGCGGAUUCCAGGAUACUACGAUGACCUUGUGCGAGGAGUCGGCGGCACCGAGCCAGAUCCUUCAGUCAUUGCACAGAUCGAAAUGGAUAUUCGCCGUACCUUGACAGAUAAUGUGUUCUUCCGCAAGGGACCGGGCGUUGCCAAGCUGAAGGAGGUUCUAUUGGCAUAUUCUCGCCGUAACUCGGAAGUGGGCUAUUGCCAGGGCAUGAAUCUUAUUACCGCGUCACUUCUCCUCAUCAUGCCGACUGCCGAAGAUGCUUUCUGGAUCUUGACCUCUAUGAUUGAAAUCAUUCUUCCCCAGCAUUACUAUGAUCACGGCCUCAUGGCAUCACGCGCAGAUCAGGCUGUCCUCCGCCAAUACAUCACUGAGAUACUGCCUAACCUUUCUUCGCACUUGGAAGACUUGGGUAUCGAGUUGGAGGCCCUUACUUUCCAGUGGUUCCUGUCUCUCUUCACCGACUGCCUGUCUGCAGAGGCUCUCUACCGUGUUUGGGAUGUUGUUCUCUGUCUUAACGUUACCAGCACAGUGCAGAAUGGUACCACGACGAAUGCAUCCGCUGCCUCCAGCAUCAAAGAGGCCGAUAAAGCCACACCAGUCUCGGAAGACCUCGCCUCUGGUGGUGGAGGUGGAAGCACGUUCCUUUUCCAGGUUGCAUUGGCAUUGUUGAAGCUUAACGAGCCGCAAUUGUUGACAACAUGUUCCACACCAGCCGCGCUUUAUACCUACAUCAACCACCAAAUGACCAAUCAUGCCAUCAGCAUCGAUGGCCUGAUUCAAGCUAGCGAAGCUCUUCGCAACAUGGUACGCCGUGAAGACGUCAUUACCCGCCGAGCUCUUGCUUUGCGAGAAAUGCGCGAAUUUGGUUAG